ACCGGUAUGUCACGUCUCCGCACAUAUUUACAUUUUAACAAAGAAGACAGACGACGAAGGGGGAGGGCUCCUAACGAUAAAAGACCAUCAAUCAAAAGACCUAUAGGCCAGUCAUCCACAACGAAUCCCAGGUAAGCAUUGAAACAUAUAGCUAGCUAUAUUUUACAACUUUAAUCACAUGCAGCAGCAGCUAAUAUACAUAAGGGAGAGUUGUAAGUAUUUGAAAAGUUAUGGCUUUUUGCAUUAUCCGACUAACUAGCUAAUUUAACGAAUGUAAGGCAGUACCCACGUGGUUUCAUAGAGCCGGAGACAGCAGAUUCUAUUGUUUAAAAUCAAUCAAAAAACGAGGAAGACGGACAGAUGCACGAAAGCCUCAGAAUUGGGAAAUCCCUCUGCAAGCUUGUUAAUUACAGUAGUCACCGAAUUAACGUUAGAAGGAAGAUUAUCUGAAGCCAAAAGGUUUAGCUACAUUUUCUUCUCACCUUCAACUUUUACAGUUGGGGAAAGAAAGUAUUUUAAUCGGGUGUAUUGCAACUAAGUUAGCUAGCUAACGUUACCCAAUGUUUGUCUUUGUUUAGCAAUCGAUUGUUAGAUUACACUAGCUAGCUACUUAGCUAGCAGAUGGCCUUAGUUAGCACAGAUGGCUAGCUAAAUUGGGUAACUAACUUAGUUAGCUAAUUCAUUGAACAAAGUCCAGUAAACCUCCAUUGUGUGGCUAUUUUCGUCAUUUUCCGUAACUAACGUUAGCUAUUGGUAUGUUUGUUCACAUGCCGUUUUUUACUUAACAACUAGCUAGUAGCCACUGAUUAUGCUAGCACGUAGACAACAAAGAAAAGCGGACAAGAAUGCUAGCUAACCUGCGAGCCGCUAUGGCUAAUCAUUGCUAGCAUAUGUUGCUUUCUAACUUAGUCUUUAAUGUAAAGUGUACGUUUCAUUGACAAGUCAUUUAUGCUUAGUUUUCUUUGACUGUUUGUUUGCAUGUCUUUCUCAAGUUCAAAAGCAUUGCAAAUCUUAAUAUCUCAUCAGUUCAGCAUAGCACGAUUAUUUUGGUUUCGGUUGUAUUGAUAUCACAAUGCAUGUCUUGUUUUCCCCACACACUCUCCCCCCCAGAUACCUUUACAAACAUGCCACGCAAGAAGGUAACCGAAGUGUCUGGAAAUGGUGGGAUCAAGAGGAAGCGGGCAGGAGGUAAAAAGAAGGAAAGGGAGUUCAGCAGUGAUGAUGAGUUUGAUGAUUAUGAAGAGCAGGAGAACACAAAGAAACCUGGCAAGCCUGCUGCAAAGUCAGGCCUUCAACCAGUCACUGUGCCUGACGACAUCAAAGAGAAAAUUGUAAGUGUCCUGACCUGCAUGAGGUAAAAUCAAUUGUUCAGAUCAGCAAACGAGGGGUUUGUGAUGUGACUAUAUAAUUGUGGUUAACAUGAAUAGAGAAUGUAACAUGGCUACAAAUGUUUUUAGUCACAUGAAUAAGGGGUGCUUAUGCAGGGCUAAAACAAAAUUAAGAGCCACUGAUCUGUCUGUCAUUUCUGUAGAAACUUGACUUACCUAAAGUCAAAGGUCAACUGCUCAUUUUCGGAGCCACCAACUGGGAUCUCAUCGGAAGGAAAGAGGUGCCAAAAGCACAAGGUAUAACCUUGCCCAGUCCUGUAAUGAAAACAUAGCUUUAUGCACGGCUCCAGACUGAAAGAUGUCCCUCAAUAGCACUGGUGCUACCUACUUUGGAAGUUUUUAUUCAAGCAAUCCUCCUAAUUGACUGCAGUAUUGAAGUCAAGUGUUUCGUGUGUGUGGUCUCUCAGCGGCCUUCAGGAACCUAGGCCAGAACCUGUGGGGUCCUCACCGCUACGGCUGCCUGAAUGAUGUGCAGGUCAGCAGCGUGGUGUCUGGGCCCUGUGCCGCCCACAGCCUCCUCAUCACCACAGAGGGCAAACUCUGGAGCUGGGGUAGGAAUGCUGUACUGUAAUAGAUCGUAGUUUAUAUACAGUGCACUCGGAAAGUAUUCAGACAUUACUUUUUCCACAUUUUGUUACGUUACAGCCUUAUAAAAUUGUUUCCCUCCCCCUCAAUCUACACACAAUACCCCAUAAUAGCAAAGCAAAAACAGGUUUUUAGAAAUGUUAACAAUUUAUAUUUUUUUUAAAAAGCUGCAUUUACGUAAGUAUUCAGACCCUUUACUCAGUACUUUGUUGAAGUACCUUUGGCAGCGUUUACAGCCUUGAGUCUUCUUGGGUAUGAUGCUACAAGCUUGGCACACCUGUAUUUGGAGAGUUUCUCCCAUUCUUCUCUGAAGAUCCUCAAGCUCUGUCAAGAUGGAUGGAGAGCGUAGCUGCACAGCUAUUUUCAGGUCUCUCUAGAGAUGUUCGAUCGGGUUCAAGGCCGAGCUCUGGCUGGGCCACUAAAGGACAUUCAGAGACUUGUCCUGAAGCCACUCGUGCAUUGAUUUGGCUGUGUGCUUAGGGUCGUUGUCCUGUUAGAUGGUGAACCUUCGCCCCGGUCUGAGGUCCUGAGCAUUCUGGAGCAGGUUUUCAUCAAGGAUCGCUCUACUUUGCUCCGUUCAUCUUUCCCUCGAACCUGACUAGUCUCCCAGUCCCUGAAAAACAUCCCCACAGCAUGAUGCUGCCACCACUGUGCUUCACCGUAGGGAUGGUGCCAAGUUUCCUCCAGAUGUGACGCUUGGCAUUCAGGCCAAAGAGUUCAAUCUUGGUUUCAUCAGACCAGAGAAUCUUGUUUCUCAUGGUCUGAGAGUCCUUUAGGUGCCUUUUGGCAAACUCCAAGUAGGCUGUCGUGCCUUUUUCCUGAGGACUGGCUUACAUCUGGCCCCUCUACCAUAAAGUCCUGUUUGGUGGAGUGCUGCAGAGAUGGUUGUCCUUCUGGAAGGUUCACCCAUCUACACAGAGGAACUCUGGAGCUCUGUCAGAGUGACCUUCGGGAUCUUGAGGCCCUUCUCCCCCGAUUACUCAGUUUGGCCGGGCGGCCAGCUCUGGAACCACCAAGGCUCUUCCUAAACUUCUUCAAUUUAAGAAUGAUGGAGGCCACUGUGUUCUUGGGGACCUUAAAUGCUGCCGAAAUGUGUUUGUACCCUUCCCCAUAUCUAUGCCUCGACAAAAUCCUGUCUCGGAGCUCUACGGACAAUUCCUUCAACCUCAUGGCUUGGUUUUUGCGCUGACAUGCAGUCAACUGUGGAACCUUUUAUAUACACGAGUGUAUACCUUUCCAAAUCAUGUCCAUUCAAUUGAAUUUACCACAGGUGGACUUCAAUCAAGUUGUAGAAACAUCAAGGAUGAUCAAUGGAAACCGGAUGCACCUGAGCUCAAUUUCAAGUCUCAUAGCAAAGGGUCUGAAUACUUAUGUAAAUAAGGUACAGUGUCAGUCAAAGGUUUGGACACACCUACUCAUUCAAGGGUUUUUCUUUUCUUUUUACUAAACUCAGCAAACAAAAUAAACGUCAACUGUUUAUUUUCAGCAAACUUAACGUGUAAAUAUUUGUAUGAACAUAAGAUUCAACAACUGAGACAUAAACUUCCACAGACAUGUGACUAACAGAAAUGGAAUAAUGUGUCCCUGAACAAAGGGGGUCAAAAUCACAAGUAAGUCAGUAUCUGGUGUGGCCACCAGCUGCAUUAAGUACUGCAGUGCAUCUCCUCCACUUGGACUGCACCAUAUUUGCCAGUUCUUGCUGUGAGAUGUUACCCCACUCUUCCACCAAGGCACCUGCAUGUUCCCGGACAUUUCUGGGGGGAAUGGCCCUAGCCCUCACCCUCCGAUCCAACAGGUCCAAGACGUGCUCAAUGGGAUUGAGAUCCGGGCUCUUCGCUGGCCAUGGCAGAACACUGAUAUUCCUGUCUGGCAGGAAAUCACGCACAGAACGAGCAGUAUGGCUGGGUACCACAUGAGGGAGGAGGAUGUCUUCCCUGUAACGCACAGCGUUGAGAUUGCCUGCAAUGACAACAAGCUCAGUCCGAUGAUGCUGUGACACACCGCCCCAGACCGUGACAGACCCUCCACCUCCAAAUCGAUUCCGCUCCAGAGUACAGGCCUCGGUGUAACGCUCAUUCCUUCGACGAUAAACUAGAAUCCGACAAUCACCCCUGGUGAGACAAAACCAACUCGUCAGUGAAGAGCACUUUUUGCCAGUCCUGUCUGGUCCAGCGACGGUGGGUUUGUGCCCAUAGGCGACGUUGUUGCCGGUGAUGUCUGGUGAGGACCUGCCUUAAAACAGGCCUACAAGCCCUCCGUCCAGCCUCUCUCAGCCUAUUGCGGACAGUCUGAGCACUGAUGGAGGGAUUGUGCGUUCCUGGUAUAACUCGGGCAGUUGUUGCCAUCCUGUACCUGUCCCGUAGGUGUGAUGUACCGAUCCUGUGCAGGUAUUCUUACACGUGGUCUGCCACUGCGAGGAUGAUCAGCUGUCCGUCCUGUCUCCCUGUAGCGCUGUCUUAGGCGUCUCACAGUACUAACAUUGCAAUUUAUUGCCCUGGCCACAUCUGCAGUCCUCAUGCCUCCUUGAAGCAUGCCUAAGGCACGUUCACACAGAUGAGCAGGGACCCUGGGCGUCUUUCUUUUGGUGUUUUUCAGAGUCCGUAGAAAGGCCUCUUUUAGUGUCCUAAGUUUUCAUAACUGUGACCUUAAUUGCCUACCGUCUGUAAGCUGUUAGUGUCUUAAUGACCGUUCCACAGGUGCAUGUUCAUUAAUUGUUUAUGGUUCAUUGAACAAGCAUGGGAAACAGUGUUUAAACCCUUUACAAUGAAGAUCUGUGAAGCUAUUUGGAUUUUUACGAAUUAUCUUUGAAAGACAGGGUCCUGAACAAGGGAUGUUUGUUUUCUACAUUGUAGAAUAAUAGUGAAGACCUCAACUAUGAAAUAACACACAAUCAUGUAGUAACCCAAAAAAGUGUUAAAUCAAAAUAUAUUUUAUUUGAGAUUCUUCAAAUGGGCACCCUUUGCCUUGAUGAUGGCUUUGCACACUCUUGGCAUUCUCUCAACUGAGCUUCACCUGGAAUGCUUUUCCAACAAUCUUGAAGGAGUUCCCACAUAUGCUGAGCGCUUGUUGGCUGCUUUUCCUUCACUCUGCCGUCCGACUCAUCCCAAACCAUUUCAAUUGGGUUUAGGUCGGGGGAUUGUGGAGGCCAGGUCAACUGAUGCAGCUCUCCAUCACUCUCCUUCUUGGUAAAAUAACCCUUACACAGCCUGGAGGUGUGUUGGGUCAUUGUCCUGUUGAAAAACAAAUGAUUGUCCCACUAAGCCCAAACCAGAUGGGAUGGUGUAUCGCUGUGGUAGCCAUGCUGGUUAAGUGUGCCUUGAAUUCUAAAUAAAUCAGUGUCACCAGCAAAGCGCCAUAACACCUGCAUGCUUUACGGUGAGAAAUACACAUGCAGAGAUCAUCUGUUCACCCACACCGCGUAUCACAAAGACACGGCGGUUGGAACCAAAAAUCUCAAUUUUGGACAACUUUGGACCAAACAACACAUUUCAUAGUGGUUUCUUUGCAGCAAUUUGACCAUGAAGGCCUGAUUCACACAGUCCCCUCUGAACAGUUGAUGUUGAGAUGUGUCUGUGACUUGAACUCUGUGAAGCAUUUAUAUGGGCUUCAAUUUCUGAGGCUGGUAACUCUAAUGAAGUUAUCCUCUGCAGCAGAGGUAACUCUGGGUCUCCAUUCCUGUGGCGGUCCUCAUGAGAGCCAGUUUCAUCAUAGAGCUUGAUGGUUUUUGCGACUGCACUUGAGGAAACUUUCAAAGUUCUUGACAUUUGCCGUAUUGACUGACCUUCAUGUCAUAAAGUAAUGAUGGACUGUCAUUUCUCUUUGCUUAUUUGAGCUGUUCUUGCCAUAAUAUGGACUUGGUCUUUUACCAAAUAGGGCUAUGUUCUGUAUACCCCCCACCUUGUCAGAACACAACUGAUUGGCUCAAACACAUUAAGAAGGAAAUAAAUUCCACUAAUUAACUUUUAAGAAGGCACACCUGUUAAUUGAAAUGCAUUCCAGGUUGAGACUACCUCCAUGAAGCUGGUUGAGGGAAUGCUACAUGUGCAACGCUGUCAUCAAGGCAAAGGGUGGCUAUUUGAAAAAUCUCAAAUAAAAUGUAUUUUGAUUGAACACUUUUUUAUUUUUGGUUACUACAUGAUUCCAUAUGUUAUUUCAUAGUUUUGAUGUCUUCACUAUUCUUCUACAAUGUAAAAAUUAAGAAAAACCCUUUAAUGAGUAGGUGUGUCCAAACUUUUGACUGGUAAUGUAUUUGUUUUAAUUUUUAAUAAAUUUGCAUAGAUUUCUAGUCCUGUUUUCGCUUUGAUUAUGGGGUAUUGUGUGAAGAUUGAUGGAAGAAAAACAUUUCAUCUAUUUUAGAGUAAGGCUGUAACGUAACAGUGGUAGAAGUCAAGGGGUCUGAAUACUUUCUGAAUGCACUGUAUCUAUAUCUCAGAUGUAAUCAUUCUAGCUGGUUUGAGUCCAGGAGGAAGGGUCCUUGUUGACCUCUUUCUGCCUCUGUUAGGUCGAAAUGAAAAGGGUCAGCUGGGUCAUGGGGACACCAAGCGCCUGGAGGCCCCAAAGCUGAUUGAGGCCCUCGCAGACGAGGUGGUGGUGGCUGCAGCCUGUGGACGCAACCACACCCUGGCAUUGACUGAGGGUGGCACCGCCUACUCGUUUGGAGAGAACAAACUGGGUCAACUGGGUCAGGGCAACCAAACUGAUGCAGUCCUCAGUCCAGCCCCGGUAAGCAACAUAAACCUCCCUAUUCAUCUGCCUCAUUAUUGUUGCUUCUUUAUUAUAAGUGUAAUAUGGCCACUUAGUGAGCCUGUGCUUAUUGAAGCUUCUCCUUGCCCCUCUCAGAUCCAGUACAACGGGCAGCCCUUGGUCAAGGUGGCAUGUGGGGCAGAGUUCAGCAUGGUGGUGGACUGCAAAGGGAACCUCUACUCGUUCGGCUGCCCAGAGUAUGGCCAGCUAGGUAUGUCCUCAACUAAGGAGCAGUACUGGACAGAUUAAUGCUUUUUAAAGUUUCACCAAAGUUGCUCUUUUGAAGAGGAAAAUGGUAGCACAAUGACCCAGUUAAAGUCAUUCCAAAUCCAACACUGGCGUAGCACUUAUUUUUACCUUGUGUUUUGGGUCACAGGACACAACUCUGAUGGAAAGUUCAUUGCCCGUGCCCAGCGCAUCGAGUUUGACUGUGAGACCAUUGCACGUCGCGUGACCAUCUUCAUCGAGAAGAGUAAGGAUGGCCAGGUGACGCCCGUACCCAACGUGGUGGUCCGAGACGUUGCCUGCGGAGGCAAUCACACGGUGAGGAGAGAAAAGACCGGGACCCGUAUUCAUGGUCUUAGAGAAGGAAUGCUGAGGGCCUCCCGAGUGGCACAGCGGUCUAAGGCACUGCUUGAGGCGUCACUGCCGGGAGACCCAUGAGGCAACGCACAAUAUGCCCAGCGUUGUCCGGGUUAGGGGAGGGUUUGGGCGGCCGGGAUUUCCUUGUCCCAACGUGCUCUGGUGUCUCCUUGUGGCGGGCCGGUUGCCUGCAAGCUGACUGCGGUCGCUAGCUGGACGGCUGGCUUCCGGGUUAAGCGAGCAGUGUGUCAAGAAGCAGUGUGGCUUGGCAGGGUCGUGUUUCGGAGGAGGCAUGGCUCUCAACCUUCACAUCUCCUGAGUCCGUAGGGGAGUUGCAACGACGGGACAAGACUGUAACUACCAAAUGGGGAGAAAAAGGGGUAAAAAAAAUGAGGGCAGGAAUGCUGAAUUUAGGAUCAGUUUGGCCAUUUAGAUUAUAAUGAAUAAGAUUACAUGUAGAGGGGGGACCUGAUUCUAGAUCAGCACUCCUACUUUGAGACACUUUAUGAAUACAUGCUUUGAUCCCCACUGCCACAAUUACCCCAUCAGCCAGAAAUGUGAAUUUUAGAAAUUUGUGUUUAGCCGAAAUGUUGAUGUACAUUAAUCCCCCCACCCCCCUACGUUUUAUUUAUUUAGCAGAGACACUUAUCCAGAGCGACUUACUGCAGUGAGUGCAUACAUUUUCUUACUGGUCCCCCGUGAGAAUCGAACCCACAACCCUGGCGUUGCAAGCGCCAUGCUCUACCAACUGGGCCCACUCUACUUUUGCAUAAUUGCUGAAUGUAGUGUUCCCUUCAUAUUUAAUUAAUGAACCUGCAGAUGGAGACCUCUGCAUUCUGAUCCUUAAAUCUGGGUGCAAAAAGGGAGCUGGUCUGAUAACAUUUGGUACCAGACUGCAUUGAAAGCGAUAGUCUACUCAAAAUGUGUUCACUUUCAAUGGCUGUAGUUAAUUCACAAAUACCGGUACCUUUUUUUUUUUACCACUUAUUUUUUGUUAUCACGGUCAACAGUGUGUAAACUUUGUGUGUGCAGCUGAUAUUGGAUUCCCAGAAGCGGGUGUUUUCCUGGGGCUUUGGUGGCUACGGGCGGCUGGGUCACACUGAGCAGAAGGAUGAGAUGGUGCCCAGACUGGUGAAGCUCUUUGACUUCCCCGGGCGCGGGGCAUCUCAAAUCUACUCUGGCUACCAGUGCUCCUUCGCUGUCAAUGAAAUGGGUAUGGGACACAAUGCUUAACUCCUCGGAAUGUUGAGAAAUUAAUAGAUAUCUUUUUUUUUUAAGUAUCAAUAUAAUGCCCAUAAUACUACUGCUACUUUCCUAAGUACCUGAUGUAUAUUGUAGUGAUUUCAAAGGGUAUACCAAUCAGGAUUUGAAGCUAGCGUCUGUCAGUCUAACACCGUAGCUAUUACGCGAGUUGGAAACUCUUGACCAGGAUGCAGGUGUUUUAAUAAGGAAGCUACACUAUUAACCUUUCGUGUGCAGGAGGGCUGUUUUUCUGGGGGGUCACAAAUACCUCGCGGGAGUCUACCAUGUACCCCAAGGCUGUGCAGGACCUGUGUGGCUGGAAGGUCCGCAGUCUGGCGUGCGGGAAAAGCAGUAUUGUUAUCGCUGCAGACGACAGCACCAUCAGUUGGGGACCCUCCCCCACCUUUGGCGAGCUGGUAAGAUUUAAUCAUAAUUAAUUGUAUAAAGCAAAUUUCUCACACCCAAGGUGGUAUACAACAUUAUAGAAACAUACUAUGGUGCUGGUGUGCUCAUAAAAGACUGCUGAAUUGGUGCACGUGUUCCGGGUUCUCCACCCAUUAUGACAUGUGGAUUUGUGUUUGUUACAGGGUUAUGGCGACAACAAGGCAAAGUCCUCCACUACUGCUCAGGAGGUUAAGAGCCUGGAUGGAGUUUACGCUGAACAGGUGCGCAGCGGCAACAGUGACUGAAUAAACAAUGAUGAAUUUGAAUUCCCACUUAUGUUUUCUGUAGAUGGGAACUGCAUUUAGGUGUGUGUGUUUGUUCGCUCUAGUUUGGGCCAUUCUCACUGUGGUGUGGUUGCAGGUGAUGAUGGGAUACGCACACUCCCUGGUCAUCGCCAGACAGGACACUCCACAGGAACAAGAGAAGCUCAAGAAGCUGCCAGAGUACAACCCACGCACACUCUGAUAUGGUAUCAUCCAGCCACCUCUCACUUUUUUUUUUCUUUCUUUUCACUUCAGAGAGGCAACCGAUUCUCUCCAGAAUGCAUCUGCCCUCUAGGUCACCUGUGUAAGUCAUGAUGGCUGGGGAGGGUGGGCUCUCACGAGUAUGUAUGUAUGCAUACGCCUUGAAAAGAAGUCUGGUCUACAUAGAUUCUGAGGUUAAAUUGCAGAAAAUGUGUCGCAAAAACGUAGACUGAAACAAAUCCACUCGUGACAGAAUUCGUCCUGUCCUCACAACACUCAUCAGACAUCUACAGCUGGAGAGAGAGGAACUCUACCACUCAUCUCCAAACACAUUCUUCCACUAGGAGUUCUACUUGUACUCCUCCUGCAAGUCCGCUGAAGCGUUCUCUAUUUUCAUGAAGUCACUUUUUAUUCUUCAGUUGUGAACUGAUCAAUGCCCUCGUCUCCCUCACAAUAAUGGGUGCUACAUCAGAAGUCCUCUUUGGGCUAAUUUAAUUUCCAAGCGAGGGAUCAAUUCAAGACCAACACUCCAUAUCUGUGCCUUUUGAAACAAUGUAUUUCGGGGUAUGGAGUAAAUGUGUUUAUUUGUUCACAGACCAAUUGCAAAAUUUAGUUUAAAACUUUGUCCAUGGCAGUAUUACUGUGUUUGUGUCUGGUCGAUCGGUGUGCACUGUCAGUAGAACACAAUCAGGAUCUGAGAUGUGCCACCUCUCCAGCCAUUGACUUCUGUUACAUUCCUUGGUUUUCUGUUUCUUGAGGAUGUGUAACUAACUGU